GUGUUUUGUCCCAGUCUCGAUACUCAGCCGUGGUGAUCGUCGAGGCUGCGUAAGCCUCUAACCGCCGUGUUUGUGAUGAAGAUGGCCGCAGGUCCUCUUUCUGUAUCGUCUAACGCAUCCAACAACGAUGGGAUUCUCAUCGGUGAUAAACUGUACUCGGAGGUGUACCUUACAAUAGACAACUCGGUGAUACCGGAGGAAAGUCUAUCACCAACGCCGUCUAUGCUCGACGGCCUGGACCUGAACACCGAAACCGACCUCCGUAUCCUUGGGUGUGAACUGAUUCAAUCGGCGGGGAUUCUUCUCCGGUUACCCCAGGUGGCCAUGGCAACGGGACAGGUCCUAUUCCAUCGUUUCUUCUACUCCAAAUCCUUCGUGAAGCACAGUUUCGAGAUUGUUGCUAUGGCUUGUAUCAACCUGGCCUCUAAGAUUGAAGAAGCGCCACGGCGAAUACGAGACGUCAUCAACGUUUUCCAUCAUCUCAGACAGCUAAGAGGCAAAAAGACUCCAAGUCCAUUGAUACUUGAUCAGAACUACAUAAAUACCAAAAACCAAGUCAUCAAAGCGGAACGACGAAUCUUGAAGGAGUUGGGCUUCUGUGUGCAUGUCAAGCAUCCACACAAGAUUGUCGUUAUGUACCUUCAGUUCCUGGAAUGUGAGAAGAACCAGACACUCGUCCAAACGGCCUGGAACUACAUGAAUGACAGCUUGAGGACGAACGUGUUUGUGAGGUUCCAACCUGAAACCAUCGCCUGUGCCUGUAUGUACCUCGCUGCCCGAGCUCUGCAGAUCCCCCUGCCAAACAGACCUCAUUGGUAUCUACUGUUUGGAGCCACUGAAGAGGAGAUAAAAGAAAUCUGCAUUACUACCCUGAAACUUUACACCAGGAAGAAGCCUAAUUAUGAGCAGCUUGACAAGGAAGUGGAGCGGCGGAAGGUGUUCCUGGCAGAGGCCAAACUGAAGGCAAAGGGCCUGAAUCCUGACGGUACGCCGGCUCUGUCUGGCAUAGGUGGCUUCUCUCCCGCCUCUAAGCCCUGCUCCCCAAAUGUAGUUAAGGUGGAAGAGAAAUCCCCGAAUCCCCAGACCAUCAAACCAAUAAAGAAGGAGCCCGACAGCCGCACUCAGGUCAACAAGAGUCCACAUAAUGGGCUUAGGAAAGAGGGAAAGAUGGGAAGGACCAGUAGGAGUGGAAGUCGUUCUCGUUCAAGAACACGAUCACGGUCAAGAUCUCCUUCUCACCGCAGACAUUAUAACAGCAGACGCAGUCGCUCAGGGACGUACAGCUCUCGGUCACGCUCGCACUCUCACAGUCGCAGCCCGUUGCCUCAUCGGCAUCCACCUUCACCUCUUCUCCCUCUUAAGCCUAAGUCCAGUCACCAUGGCAAUAGCGACUCCAAACUCAGUGGGCGCCACAGCAACAGUGGAGGAGGCGGUUCCGGGCACAAGAGGAAGCGCUCCCGAUCUCGAUCGCGCACUCCUGUCAAAAUGGACCGGGACAGAGAGAGAGAACGGGACAGAGAGAGAGACCGCCCUUUUGAUUUCACUUCAAAGAAACACAAACAUGAGCGGGGUGGCGGACAUCGUGACCGGAGGGAGAGGUCUCGGUCCUAUGAAAGGGACAGGGAGCGUAGCCACAAGAGCAAACACCAUAGCAGCAGUGGACACUCGGGACACAGCCGCCACCGGCGCUGAGAGAUGCACACAGAGAAAUGUGCCCUGGGGCUGAUGGUCACCGUUUGACACAAACCAAAAUGAGUUGGACAAGUUCUCCUAAUUAUGGUGACCACUAAGAUUCCUGGUCUUUCACAUCGGCAAAAAGAAUAUUUGUAAACCCAAUAAUUGAAAGGUAACCAAAUGUUUACAGAAUGCGUCUCUUAUUGCAGAAAAUUUGUUAGGGGGGAUAGACUGUAGCUGCAAUUAAACAAGUGUACCAUGAUGGGGAGAACAUGUCAAGUUUGUAUUUUUGAUAUAUUACAACAUCCUUCAUAAAGAAAUUGGUCAUCUUUCUGUCUUCUAAUAUUUUUCCAGGUUUCAUUUAAAUUUCAGUUUAAAGAAAACUUUGAUGAUGUUUAUUUUGGUCCAGGAAAAGUUCUUUACCUGGACGAACACUCAAAUGCCUAAAUGCAGCAUCUGCAUGGACAAAUACCUUAAGUAAGCCUUGCGUCUGGAGAGCCCAGACAGCAGCAGCGAAUACCAGCAUGAGGAGAUGUUGGUUGACCCCCUGAAGAUGACUCCAUGGAGUUCAGAUGAAGGCAGCAGUGAGACAUCAGCCCCGGGCCCGUCUUUAUUUUUCUGUGGUCUCCUAUCCCACCAACAAGCGCACCCCGGCCCAACUACCUGAUCCAAUCUUGUUUUUAGUUUUAUAUGUAAAGUUACAAAUUUUUGAAAAAAAUAAAUUUAUUUACAGUGUAAAGCUUUGAUAUCCACUGACGUAAUGUUGAACGCUUUGAUUUAUAGAAGCGACCUGCUCAGUGGACGGAUUGAUUGAGUAAAUGUAAAAUGUUAUUCAGGAGAGAUCAAUAAGUUUGCACAUUGCAGGACUAGUGGGGUAGUUUUUCUUUUUUUUUAUCGGACAGAUUUAUGUUGCCUAAAGAGAAAUUGUCAACUUGUUUUUCUUGUUCUUUCUAAGCAGGAAAAGCAGACAUAAUUCAAAUAUAUUUUAGGCUUGUCAAUUUGUUACACUGGUUUUUAGUGUGCACGUCUUCAUGUCCAAUUUUUAUUCAUUAAUAAAUGAGGAAUGCCACUGA